ACCAGCGCCACUCUCAUCCGCCUAGCUAGAGCCGGAUAAAUUUAUUUGUAAACAAUAAUGUUUUAUACAUAGAUAUUGAAAAUAAGAAUAUAAACAAAUAUUAAUCUUAACCAGUUUAUUCAGGCAAUUACACUUAACUAUUUCAAAUUGUAUAAUCUAUAUUCUGCACUUGUUGCUAGUUCUUAAAAUCUGUAGCAAGUUCCCCAUCCCCUUUAUAAAUUCAAUCAAUACUUUCCCAUUUCGCUCCAGCCUUCGGAGGGCGGUUGCGAUUCUAUAGUUCCGGUUGUCUCCCUUUGUGGUACACAAAGUGUUGAGUUCCAUCUUUUAAUUGCGUUAAAUUGUAAUCAAAAUGUGUAGCAAGAUGGCAAAGAUUACCGAACUGUUCGUGAAAACGGUGGUGAAUUCGAAACGCUUCGAUCGAAACCUUCGUAAUGUCAAGUUGGUGUCUUGUAGCGAUGGUUUGGUGAUAUCGGAGCUCGAAGUUGGUUCUGAACAUCUGAACGAGGGCGGAACCCUGCAUGGAGGGUUCAUCGCUCACAUGGUUGAUACUUUGUCAACCUUUGCCCUGCUGGCCAACGAUAAAUCAGUCGGACGUGGACUCUCCGUCGACCUGAGUGUUAGCUACAUGGCUACGGUUUCGGAAGGCGACAAGUUGGAGAUAGAAGCUGUCGCCAAGAAGGUGGGGAACAAGAUUGCUUUCCUCGAGGUGCAGAUUCGCAACAAAGAAAAUGACCAGCUUAUCGCUAAAGGAAUAACUUGGCCGGUUGAGUGUCCGGAGGAUCACGUGCAAGUGUGGAGUGACCUUGACCACAUGAAAUUCAAGCGGACGGCAUUAACGCCGUCGACUUCGAUUGCCAAACGCGUGGCUCGCGCCAAUCGUCUGGAGAGCUGGUUAGCCUUGCAGCGCCGCACCAAACAAGAUAAAUCGUCUCAUGAGUAAAACGAUGGUUUAAAGUUCGUAGAAAACAUGUAGUAAUUACACAUUUAAUUUAUUUGAAAUUACUAAGUAGUGUUGAAUUCUCAGUAAAUCGGUGUUUUUGACAGUUUUGAAUUGUCCUUUGUAUAUUUUAAUAAUUGCAAGUUGAAUAAUUUUGAAUUAUAUAAUUAGUUUAUUGUUGAAGUUAUGUCUCUAUAUACUCUAUCUUUUAGUUACAAUUGUUUAUUCAUUAUUUCUACUAUUGUUGUUUUUGUAUUUUAAUGCGUAGUUGGGAAAAUAAAAAAUAUAAAAACA